CAUGCUCAGUGUGGUGCACUUCCUUCGCAGCUUCUUUAAGACUCCAGAGCCAGGUGUACCCCCUCCAGGUGAAGGUGAGAGUGAAAUCAACCAGCUUCACCCACACCCUGCAGACCCGGAGGAACAGGAAUGGCGUCAGGAAACCAACCCUGAGGACUUGGAGACACUGUCCCACAAGAGCGAGAAUCCAUCCGACACAAAGACAGAUCCCUUUGAAAGCGCUUCCGAUGCAGAGUCCCUCCGAGAUGACCUCCCUGGUGGAGUUGGUCUCUCUUCAUGUGGCCCCUCUGCGGAAAGAGAAGCAGCAGGCUGCGGAUGCCCUGAGGACUCAACAGUUAGACUUCCUCAAGGGCAGCAUUUGGUCUGUGAUGAAGGGCACCACACAGAGGAAGAGCUGGAUCUACUCUCAGGCUUAAAGGCGGGUUCUCAGCCAAGUAAAUUGCACAUGUUGACUGCUGGAGAACGGGAGGAAGCGUGCCCCUGCAGCUGUGUGACUAGCUUGGUACAGAAGUCUGUGCCAGCAGCUGUGUGCUUCUCGCAGCGUGCCAGCAGCAACAGCAGUCCCCACCUGCAAACGGCCAGGUCUAGGGAUUAUCUGGAUGUCCCUGUGGUCUGUCCUUGCUUUCGCCGACACUGUGAAUUAGGUCAGAGCUGGCCACAAAUCCACAGCAGGACAGCAGCAGCAAAGAUACCUCCCAGAGGCCCACAGGACAAUGACUUCCCUCUGUGGAGCAGGACAAAGAAGGGGCCUGCUCCAAGGCCCACAGUGGGCACAGACUUGUUCUGGGUACAUCCCUUCUUAGACAUAGCCUGCCAACCACGAUUGGGCACACACUGUCUCUUAGACACCAAGUGUCAUCAUAGUGCCCCAGAAAAUCUUGGUGCCAAUGCCAGGAAACCCCAAAGGUACCUCUGCCAGCAGGUAAAGACUCUGGUCAGGGCCCACUCUAUAGCUUCGUUUCCUUUAGGGUGUCCUAAAGAGCCUUUGAAGCAGAGAGGCACAAAUUGGCCCUACUUGAGGGAAGGGACAGAAAUAGAACCUGAUCAUCCAAUCCUUCAUAACGCCCUUUCCCCUGGGCCCACCCUGCUGCCUCAUUUACCUCCCACUUCUCAAAGCAGGGCUCCCCCUUUGCAGGCUGAGCGCAGGCUGAGUGAUUGUAGUUUUAAGAGGCUAUCUCCAGACACACCCUGUGUAGGUCUUUCACUGGAAAACCAGGUAGAACAGGCUUCUAGGUCAUGCCCAGACCCUUCCCACCUUACUUCAGAACCGCUGAAGCUCAACAGCCAAGGAGAAGUGCCCAGGCCGGUUGAAUGCAAGCCAGGGCACAGCCCAGAGAGCAGACUUGAGGAGCCCAAAGGUGUCCACCCUGGUGAUGUUAUCGGUAAACAAAAGUGCCUGCGAAACAUCUCCACAGAGGCAGGAAGCCAGGCCGAGAGCUACCCAUCAAAGUGUACUCUCAAGGAGGAGAGAAAGCCGCCUGAUAGGGCCUUUUUCUUCUCACAGGGCUGCUUCCAUGGCGAGGUGCCUGCGUGCAACAGAAGACUGGUGUGUUCCUGUGAAGAGAAAGAUAUCGUCUCUGCCCCACAGACAGCCCUGAAGUCAAGUGUAAUUGACUUGGAUUUCCCAACAGUGGAAGUAUGUUACUGCAUCCCUGGGAGUGAGUGUGCACAGGGGCCUGAGAAUGACCCGGAGCCUUUCACUGCUGGCGAGCCACAGGCUCGGGAAGCCCACGGGGCCUCUAGGCACAGCUGCAAAUUCAUUAUGAUAGCAGUAAAGCAGGAAGGUAGGCAGACCUCUACAAGGAAGGCCCACUGUCUCCUAGAAUCACAGUGUGGUGACUUUCCAGAGAAGGGGACAGACGCCACGGCUUAUGAGUCUCCCAGGGCCUCAGAAAUGCCAGUGUGUGGCAAUGAGUGUGAGCUGCCAGGAUGUCCAGGAGCAGAGCCAGGUGGCGGGGCUCCUCAGCUGCUAGCCCAAGGCAUAGAGGGAGUGAGAGUGCCGGUCUCUAGGACUGCUUCGGAUGACACAUUGAGCUCAGAGGAGACACUGGAGGACGAGCUGCUUGGGGAAAGAUCGGGUGUAGAGUCUGAGUGUGGACACACCUCCAAGCAGAACCAGGGGUUGCCCAGCUCAGAACGCAAACAAGGAGGGUGUGGCACAGAGGAUGCGGAGGAUGCAGAGAUCUCCAGUGCGUGGGCUGGUGAGGUAGAGGUCCCCCUUUCGGGAGUCUUGGCUUCAAGACACACCACAACGUUGCGGUUCCAGAAACCACAUAGCGGGCUUUUGCAGGGUGUGCUGGAAUCAGAGCAGCACCCUGCCUUUCUUCAAAUGACCCCUUUAAAAACUGACAAGCCCUGGCCCGGAGAGAUACCUGGAGGGGACAAGCCCUUGACCUCCGAGGGCUUGAAACCAGUGUGCCCUAGCCCGGAGGAAGGGGUUCCCCACAGUCCCUGCCAGGGGGAACCACCUCUGCACCACGUGCACCAAAGCGUAUCCCUGGAGACCCAUUCUGGUGUGAUUCAAGUAGGAACAUCUGGGAACCUCAGCGGUGAAGGACCUUCCCCAGAAAGCUACAACGUCAAGAGACUGAAAACAACAGAGAGCAGGAUCAGAGCAAGGCUGGCCUUAGCCCAUAAAACCUUUACUAAUUUUUUUGAGGCCAAAGUUAUAGAGAAAACGAGUUCUGGCUCUGUCAAAAGCGAGAAAGAGAAGCGCAGGCGAGCCCAGGGCUCCUGGCGUGCCUUUCUGAGAAGCAAAGAUGCAGAAGGCUCCAAACGACCCUCGCUAGUGAGUGGGGCUCCAGGACCAGAUUUUCCCCAACUCCUCUGCUCUUCCCCGCCAGCAACCAGAGGCCACUGUGAGGAGUGGACAGUUGGCACUGACAGCCAUGUCUUUGGGGAGUCCUGGACACCCCUAAACUCUCCUGCAACUCUGUCCUCCAGCCGUCUGGGUUCUCCGGAACACAGGAGGAAAAGCGAACCGACCAUAAAACGCACUGCUACCCAGGAAAGCAGUACGCACCUCUCUUCUGGGGUCUUUCCAAAGCCCUCCUGGCUGACUUGUGCCACCAGCCCCGGAGCAGCGCAGAUUGACAUCAGUUAUACCCUGUCCUGCAAGUCUGCCUGCCAUUUGACCCAUGAGAACCAAGACAUGCCCUGCAGACCCACAAGCCCCAAACCCAGGAGUCCCAUGGCUGGGGCGCAGAGGGUGGAGCUCUGCCUUGGAGGCAGGACUAGUGCAGUCUCCAUGGUCUCUCUCAGAAGCGAUAGGGACGCCAGCAGAUGUUCAGAAGCCCCUGAACAGCCCAAGGCAUCCACAGCCAGGGCGAGCCUCCUACUCUCUCUACAAACACUAAACCAGAAGGACCAGAAGGAAGACAGGAGUGCAUGCGAGUAUAACCAUGGUUUGGGCACAGUGCCCUUCCCUAAGGACCUUCCUGGGAAUGAGAGCUACGUCGCCCAGGAAAGCCCACCAGACAAGAAGCUCAAUUGUUCCCAUGAUCAGAAAACUUCUUACACAGAGUCUACUCAGAGGCCCGUAUCUGCCACUGAACUAGUGACACGGACCCUCCCCUCCAUCUCCGCAGAGCAAGUCCCCAGAGAGGUCCCUUUACAGUUCAGGAGGGCCCCUCAGCACUCACACUUCAGCUUUGAUGACCUAUGGAUCGAAAAGACUCAGAGAAAGAAGCUGGAGAAGCAGAUGCUGACUAGAAGACAGAUGUGCACAGGGUUAGUUCCCGUGGACCCAGUUCAGUGCUGGAGGAAGACAACCGUCACCUCUCCAGAGUCUCCGAACCUCCCUAGAAGAAGCCACCUGCUCUCCCAGAGUGCCCCAAUGGGACUGGACCACACAGGCUGGCCAGAGCCCACGCCUGACACUGGAAUACCCGAUGGAACUCUGGACACUAUGUGCGCGGAGGAGACAGGCAGUGAGGAGGACCUGUAUGAAGAGCCUCACCACUCUGGCCACCACUACAGCCACCCUCGAGGAGGUGGAGAGCAACUGGCCAUCAAUGAGCUCAUCAGUGAUGGCAGUGUGGUGUGUGCUGAAGCCUUGUGGGACCAUGUCACCAUGGAUGACCAGGAGCUGGGCUUCAAAGCUGGGGAUGUCAUCGAAGUGAUGGACGCCACCAACAGAGAAUGGUGGUGGGGCCGAGUGGCAGAUGGCGAGGGGUGGUUCCCUGCCAGCUUUGUACGGCUGCGCGUGAACCAGGAUGAGCCCGCGGACGACUAUGAGGCCCCGCGGGCCGGGGCUGGAGAGGCCGAUGACAGCGGUCCAGAGGCCCAGAGCUGCAAGGACCAGAUGCGCACAAAUGUCAUCAAUGAGAUCCUCAGCACUGAGCGGGACUACAUCAAGCACCUUCGCGACAUCUGUGAGGGCUAUGUCCGCCAGUGCCGCAAGCGGGAGGAUAUGUUCAGUGAAGAGCAGCUGCGCACCAUCUUUGGGAACAUCGAGGACAUCUACCGCUGCCAAAAGGCGUUUGUGAAAGCUUUGGAGCAGAAGUUCAACACAGAGCGGCCACACCUGAGCGAGCUGGGUGCCUGCUUUCUGGAACACCAAGCAGACUUCCAGAUCUAUUCUGAGUACUGCAACAACCAUCCCAAUGCCUGCGUGGAGCUCUCCCGCCUCACCAAGCUCAGCAAGUACGUGUACUUCUUCGAGGCCUGCCGGCUGCUGCAAAGAAUGAUUGACAUCUCGCUGGAUGGCUUUCUACUGACCCCAGUGCAGAAGAUCUGCAAGUACCCCCUCCAGUUGGCGGAGCUGCUCAAGUACACGCACCCCCAGCACAGGGACUUUAAAAAUGUCGAAGCCGCCUUGCACGCCAUGAAGAAUGUGGCCCAGCUCAUCAACGAACGGAAACGAAGGCUUGAAAACAUCGACAAGAUUGCUCAAUGGCAGAGCUCCAUAGAGGACUGGGAGGGGGAAGACCUCCUGGUCAGGAGCUCGGAACUCAUCCACUCGGGGGAGCUGACCCGUGUUACACAGCCUCAAGCCAGGAGUCAGCAGAGAAUGUUUUUUCUCUUUGACCGUCAGCUCAUCUACUGUAAAAAGGAUCUGCUCCGCCGGGACGUGCUAUACUACAAGGGCCGGCUGGACAUGGAUGACCUGGAGGUGAUAGAUGUGGAAGAUGGGAAGGACCGAGACCUCCACGUGAGCGUCAAGAAUGCCUUCCGUCUGUACUGUGGUACCACCGGGGACAGCCACUUACUGUGUGCCAGGAAACCAGAACAGAAGCAGCGCUGGCUGAAGGCCUUUGCCAGAGAGAGGGAGCAGGUGCGGCUGGACCAGGAGACAGGCUUCUCCAUCACCGAGCUUCAGAGGAAGCAGGCCAUGCUGAACGCCAGCAAGCAGCAGGCCACAGGGAAGCCUAAAGCUGUUGGCAGGCCAGGAUACCUAACCCGCCACAAGCAUCCAUCACUGCCUGCCAGCCGGCCCCAGCAGCAGGUGUUGGUGCUAGCAGAGCCCAGGCGGAAGCCGUCUAACUUCUGGCACAGCAUCAGCCGACUGGCGCCCUUCCGCAAGUGAGCCAGCACCCAUCAGACAACCUGACGGCACUUUGUGGAACCGUCCUUUCCUCUCUGAUGCCUACACUACCAGGCCCUCUGCCUGUUUUACAAACUGGAAGCGAACAGGCGCAGCGUCACGCUGUAUGAUGGCUGGGCCCUGCCUCUGGCCCCUUCCCCACGGCUCGUGUGCAGGAACCAGCCUCUGCCUAUACUCUAGACCUACGCAGAGCCACCAUCAAUGGUAAGCCUGCACGCCACAGUUCAGAACCUCUGGCCAGGCUGUGCACAUAGGCUCAUCUGCUCUGGACAUUCUUUGGAAACUUUAUCAUCUCCAUUCCUGUUUCCUCUGCGUAGGAGACCAAACUCUGUGGCCAUGAGCCACCUGCCAAAGCAGGUGUGUGACCCUCUGCUCUUCAUUUGUCUGUUCAGGCCCCUAGCGCACUUGCAACCUGAGAGGUCCAGGACCAGGCAUUCAGCCCUCCUAACUCUACCUAUAGCUGUCCUUAAGCCUCCUGGUCCCUCUAUACACUGCUGGCUGCCAGACGCCCUCUUUACUUGUGACAUGUGUAACAAGAACAAAACCGUACAGUCAACUCUGUACCUGGUUCCGGGUUAGUGACAGUUCCCUGUAGCUGGGGUGGCUGCGCACACACCCACACCCACUCCCUGUUCAUUAUGAAUUUGGUCGUGUUGUUUCUCUAAUACUGGAGAAUUGUUAAUGACACAGAAAGAUUGCCUUACCCUAGUAUGUGUGAGAAGCCAUAAGGACUGAACUCUGUGACCCAGCAUGGCCGGCCUGCACGUGGUGCAGAGCCUGCAGGACUCGGAAGCAUGGAGUCACUCUUGCGCUGCAUCUUCUCUAAUCCAAAAGCCACAUUUAAUUUCAUAAAGAAACAAAUGAAAAGCAACCUGGCUGCUGGUCAGCUGGUGGUGUGUGUCAGUUUCUUCUGUGUGCUGUCAUCCCUCCUGGGGCUGGUGCCCUGCCUCUCCUCCUCUUCUGCUCUGGUCCUGGGGGAGGUGCUGCUCACUAGGUCACAGCCUCAGGGUUCUGGCAGAAGUGGCCUAAGGUGGCUAGGGUCACUAUUGCAGAGGCCUCAAAGAGGGGUGGAAGAAAGCAGCCCAGGGAGCCAUGUGGAGCAGGGUGGCCACAGACUCCCUCGCCACCUCCUGGAGUAGCUAACCGGCACAUGUGAGCUAAGAGGUGGGGUCAGUGGUAUUUCAGUAUUUUGGGGUCUGCUAAACUGAGGGACACAGGGGGCUUAUGUAGAGCUGCAGAAGCCUCCACCCCCUAGAGCACUUAGGAAGACCGCCACCAAAGCCACUCAAGGGCUGAACACACAGCCUUGUCCCAAACCCCUAGGAACUUCUUCACUGGGGGAAAUGGCAGCAAGUGCUAGUCAGACCUUUGCCUUUGACAAACCUCCCAUGAAAAGAUCAGAAUAUGCAACACAAGUCAAUCUUUAUUGAAAACUGCAGUAUUAAUUACAUAACAAUUCUGGUUACAAUAAACGUGCUUUUAAGGAUUUUAAAUCUGAGCUCAUCUACUCAUCAGAUUGCAUAAAAAAUUAAAACAGUAUGAAUUUACAUCUAAUUGAACUGGCUUGGAUGGACAAUCUGCCCUUUCCUUUGUUUUGACACAUAAGUUCCAUGAAGAGGCAAGGGAUGCCUUUAACACUGGAAGACAAUGCUGACUUAAGCAUAAAAAAAGUACCAACAACAGUGUAAAAAAGAGUAUUUAAAAACAAAAGUUUAAAAAAAGAAGAGCCUUUUCUGUUCAAUCCCCAGUCCCAGCCUACCAGGCUCCUUGGGGCCUCCAGCUGCCACAAUAACCCUGCCGGGAACCAGUCCCCGCCUGAUCUAACUGGUCUAUUAUACUGCCUACAGUCUGCACCAGACCCACCCACUGCCCUUCCCUGGGAACUGCCUGAUACCCACCGGGCCCUCACAUCUCAUUACAGCUGCUGCCUCCCAUGCCACAGUUCUAGAUUUAUUCCACAGGCUUUCUGUUCUUCACAUGCACAGGGAGACGUAGGGAAGAGAAGAAUCCUUUAAGACAUGGGGAAUAAUGUGACUGUCCCUACUGAGACCACAUCAUCACGCCAUCCAACACAGAAGACUGGGCAGGAGGAUGCAACUCAGGAAAUACAAAGACCUGGGAGGUGUGCUGGACUUGAGAGUGUGCUCUGCUGCACACCUGCCCUCCGCAACCCUCAGCACCCGCGGAAAGAACCAGUAGCUGCCACAGUUGCCACUGCACCCUGGGAGGUCCUGCGCCAGGUACAUGAGUACAGAUGGCAGCUGCUGAGAGGUGGCCCCACAGUAAUACUAUACUCCAAUAUUCAGGAGAACUGAGGAAAUCUGAAGCAGCCCCAAUGUUUAGGCUCAAACUGUACCACAAAACACCCAGUCUGCUCUUUCAGCCUCUUUUCACAUCAGAACAACACAACCAGAUGCAGUAAGAUACCAGGUGCAUGACUGAAGAAAGGUAGGACCCUUAACAACCAAUCCAGAACUGGGAACCUCCCCACCUGCAGGAAACACUGUCUCUGCAAAACACAAGCUGCUACCCAGAAUGGCAACUGGUAACCAAAAGCCACCCAACAGUUCUUCUGAGGAAGACCACAACACAACAGACAACAGUUCCAGAGGCCGCUUCCAUGCCUGUAGCCUAACUGGCCCAAUCCUGCUGGUGGGCUUCUUGAGAGUCAAGGAGCUCACAGGUUCCAAUACUCCACAGCUCUAAACUGCAAAGAGCAGCAGCAGAGGAAGGAAGCUCCCUAGCCUCAGAGAAGGCAGCAGAAAACAAUAAUGAUGUCAAUGUUCAUAAGUAUCAGAGUCUCUGCUUGCCUGUCAAUUCAGCUGAUGGACUCCAGUCAGGAAUGUCACACCCAUAGAAAGCACACUUUCUUGGAAUGUUACUUAAUGUUUUGGAAUAACUGUGCAGCUAUAUAAUAGAAUACUGACCCAAUUCUGUUCCUUAAUUUUACUGAAACUGAAUGUUGUUAAAGUCACCACCUGUGACAGUUCACUCCUAUCCAUAGGCCCAGAUUUUCACCUGGUAAGAUCUUUCACCAGCAGAUUCCAUAGUGACGACCUGAUAGCUUCAAAACAGAAAAGACUUCCACACAGGCGAGUUGUAGAAUACAGAGCUGUUUGAUAGUCACUCCAAUGAAACAGUUCCAGGGCAAGUGUGGGAAGCUGACGGGAUCAGUAGGAGGGCAGCAACCCCUCUCUCCUGAGAACUUGGGGCCUGUGGAAACACACACUGUGUGCAGCUGCAAGCAGGCCCUAAGACUUGGUAACUUCCUGCUGUAGGCAAAAAACUACACCCUUUCCUGGCAGGGAGAUAGCUAUGUUUAGUUGGGGGUGGGUAAGGGGGCUUUUUCAAACACAUGUGAAAUCACAGGUACAUUUGUUCUGAUCUGUGAUUAUUCACCUGGGAGACAACCUUCUGGUCUGUUGAGUCCAGGGAAACCUUGGAGCUACCAACACUGCACAUCAUCCACCCCAGGGAUGGGAAUCCCAACAUGGAGGUACGGAUGUAGGCUAUGUGCCACGGCAAAUGUUUCUAUUUCUGUGCAGUGUGUGCUUUCUUGUACUACCCCUCUCCCCAUGCACACCCACACUCAAGCACACACGCACACAAACACACACACACCACACACUUAAGUGCUCAUGAGGCAAUUAAACAUACUUAUCCAUAAACAUUCUAUGUUCAUGGACAUAAGGAAUGAGGAACCUUCUGUUCACACUGAUCCAUGCAAA